AAUUUGGACGAAUUUAUUCGUGAUAUCCAGUUGAAAGAGCAAAGAUUCAACUUGGCCAUUGAAUGGAUUCCUUUUGACAGAUUAACCGACCUCACCCUCAUCAAGCGAGGAGGAUAUGGCACCGUAUACAAGGCCACAUGGUUAGAUGGGUACAUAAACGAAUGGGAUUUAGAGAAGGAGGGAUGGAAACGAGCAGGAAAGAAGACUGUGUGUCUGAAGCAAAUUCACAAUUCGAGCGAUAACAUUACAAAGGAUUUUUUGGAAGCGAUUCAACACCAGGUCAGAGCAAGAAGUACCCGUGUUAUCUCAGUCUACGGUUUCACCCAGGAUACGAGCACCAAGGACUAUAUGAUUGUCAUGCAAUAUUCGUCCGAAGGUAGUCUUCGGGAAUCGCUGGAUAAAAAUUUCAACAGUCUAUCUUGGUACGACAAAUUGAAUAUACUGAAGGAUAGCGCCAAUGGCCUUAAGGACAUCCACAAGUUGGGUUUGCAUCGGAAUUUGCAUCCCGGAAAUAUUAUCAUGAUUGAUAAAUCGACUCCAAAUUUUUCCGACUUUGGAAUGUGCAAACCGAUAGGCCUUCGACCGGAAUGCAACCCUGAGGGGAUGCCGCCUGUGAUUUUGGACUACAUUAAACGAUGUUGGGAUCCGAGAACUAGCAACCGACCCACCGCCCAAGAUGUUUUCUAUAACAUUUCCCAAUGGCUUGAGAAAUACAAAGAUAAAGAGUCAACUUUGUACAAACAAAUUAAAAAUAUCGAAGAUUUGAAGGAUUAUUCCUCGGCUGACGCCGAGAAAAGGUCGGGCCCUCUCAGAUAUGAGAUCAAUCCUUCGGCAGUCUAUCACAGUCGCUCCUUGGACUUUGCAGGCCCUAAAAACUCAGAAAAAGAUAUCUCCGGGAAAGCAAGAUGUUGCAACACUGGUGUUCUUUCCAAGAUUACAUCGUUUUUCUUUUCUUCGUAG